CUUCAUCAGUGACCUGACCUGUAACAGUAACAUCACCGGCGAAAUCGUUAGCGAAGAUUUGUUGUGCUCAUGGCGAUUGAAACAGUCAGAGAAAAGGUUAUGGUGUUGUGUCACUUGAAUGGUUAUAUUAAGUAUGGUGCUGAUGGCGUAUACUAUGAAGGAUCCAUUCUUAAAAAGAUCACAAUUAUGCGAAAGACUGCCUUAAGCAGAUUGUUGGAUAGGCUUUAUCAAUUGUUUGGAUUAGAUAAGCAGAAAUCAGAGUUCAAAAUCUUCGGUAAGUACCCUGUAGAUGUUUCACCGGAUCUCUUUACGUAUGUACAUUUUCCCGUGUUGAACGACUCUAGUUUGGAGACUAUGCUUGAGGUUCCAAGGAAUCAUCCUUCUGUAAACAAUUUGGAAUUCUAUUUGGAAGCUCAACCAACUUCUGAUGCUGUCGUUGUUCCUGUUACUUGUUCAUCGCCACUGGAAAGUCCUGAUAGUUCCUCAAAAAGACAGAGGAUCACACAACAAGAAAUAGUGGAUAAUAAUUCAGGCUCAGCUGGCAUCUUGGUUAAAGUUGUCAAUUCUGGUGCUUUAAAACCCUGUCUUCUGCCUAGACUGUGGAUUGAUGACGAUCAUGACAUGCAUUUAGGACUGUGUUUUAAAGAUAGAGAUGAGUUAAAGAAGGCAGUGGAUUGGUGGUGCAUUAGAAGGCGGCGAAAUUGUAUAGUAAGAGAGACCGAGAAGGAAAUGUACACGUUUGAGUGCGUAAGAUGGAAAUGCAAGUGGUCACUACGGGCAGCAAGAAUGGAAGAACACGGACUUGUUGAGAUAACCAAAUAUACUGGCCCACAUACUUGUAGUCAUGAGUAUCCAAAUGAUUUUGAGUCAGAGUUUGCAGCAGAUGAGAUUGAACGUGUUGUCAGGAUACAGCCCACACUCUCAAUUGCAGAGUUGAAGAAAUGGUGGAAAGAAAAAACUGGCUAUGAGCUUCAAACUUCCAAGAUGCGGGAUGGGAAACUGGAAGUAAUCAAAAGAGUAUUUGGAGAUGAGGAUCAAAGUUUCAGAGUCAUGCCCAAGUUAAUAUCUGCAUUUCACUCAUCUAAUGGGCUUCUCGUGGACUGGCAAUAUGAUCUUUUUCCUAAUCCUGAUUUUGCAUCCUUCCGUGGCGUGUUUUGGUCAUUUUCACAGUCUAUCGAAGGGUUUCAACACUGUAGACCUUUGAUCGUCGUGGACACUAAAAGUUUGAACGGUAAGUACCAAUUGAAACUGAUGAUUGCCUCAGGAGUAGAUGCAGCCAACAAAUUUUUUCCCCUUGCCUUUGCGGUUACUAAAGAAGUGUCUACUGAUAGUUGGCGUUGGUUUUUCACUAAAAUCAGAGAGAAGGUUACGCAAAGGAAAGACCUUUGCCUCAUCUCCAGUCCUCUCCGGGACAUAGUCGCUGUUGUUAAUGAACCAGGGUCUCUGUGGCAAGAACCAUGGGCUCAUCACAAGUUCUGUCUGAAUCAUUUGCGCUCUCAAUUCCUUGGCGUUUUUCGAGACUACAACCUGGAGAGUCUUGUGGAGCAGGCUGGAUCCACGAAUCAGAAGGAAGAAUUUGAUUCCUACAUGAAUGACAUCAAAGAGAAGAACCCAGAAGCUUGGAAAUGGUUAGAUCAAAUCCCAAGACAUAAGUGGGCAUUGGCUCAUGACAGUGGUCUGAGAUAUGGAAUCAUAGAGAUAGAUAGAGAAGCUCUAUUUGCAGUUUGUAGAGGCUUUCCUUAUUGUACAGUUGCAAUGACAGGGGGUGUGAUGCUUAUGUUUGAUGAGUUGAGAUCCUCUUUUGAUAAGUCUCUUAGUUCUAUUUAUAGCUCUCUUAACCGCGGUGUUGUGUACACAGAACCUUUCAUGGACAAGCUUGAAGAGUUCAUGACAGAUUCCAUUCCUUACGUUAUAACGCAGUUAGAGAGAGAUUCAUUUAAGGUCUCAGAGUCCUCAGAAAAGGAGGAAUGGAUUGUCCAGUUAAAUGUCUCAACCUGCACGUGUAGGAAGUUCCAAAGUUACAAGUUCCCAUGUCUGCACGCUCUAGCAGUCUUUGAGAAGCUCAAAAUCAACCCUUUGCAGUAUGUAGACGAGUGUUACACUGUUGAACAAUAUUGCAAAACUUACGCUGCUACAUUUUCUCCUGUUCCGGACGUUGCAGCUUGGCCGGAAGAUUGCAGAGUUCCAACACUGUUUCCUCCUAGUCAGCAGCUUAGUCCUAACACAUAACUAGUAAGAAGAAGAGCUGGAAGUUAGAUGGAUUUGUGUCAAACCAAACCGAGCAUUUUGGUUGAUUAUACUAGUGACUAUGUAGUAUCUUUUGACUUUAGGAAAGUAGGAUAAGUCAGGUUCCGGUUAUAUAACGGAGACGUUAUGUUUAUGCUUGUUCAUAAGCACUUUUUGGUGAUCCCCUAAAAACCGAUAUGAAAACUAAGCUAAACUGGAUUAGAAAUGUG